AUGAAGUUCACCGGACUUGUUGCCUCCCUUGCUGCUGUCAGCGCUGCCUCCGCUGCUGCCAUUCCUACUGCUUCUCUUCAGCCCACCUUAAACCAACUUAAUGGUGUCCUUGGAAACAUCGACGGUGUCCUUGGUGGCGCCCUCUGUGAUACGAACGGUUCUGGCCUUGUUGAGGUUCAGGAUGCUCUGAAGCAGAUCCAGAGCGACCUGAGCAAGCUCACUGGUACCGUCUCCCAGCGCAGCGUUGUUAGCAAUGAGGUCGACACCGUUGACAAUGUUGUUUCGCCUGUGGCUUCCACCGCUAGCGGUGCCGUCCAGCCUGUGGUUGGCACUGUCAACUCAGCUGUCGGCACCGUUAAGGGUACUGUUGACAGCACCCUUCCCGGCAUCACCAGCGCCGUUGGUGUUAAGCGUCAGGUUGGACAGCUCGGCGGUGUUGCGACGAGCCUGGUCGGCCAGAUUAAGGAUGGAACCCUCACCGAUGCUGCUGUCGAGCACAUCCUUGAAUCCAUCCAGGCCGGCAACCUCCCUCUGGUCGGCAACAUCCUUGGUGCUCUGUAA